AAUGACUCUAUGUGCUGGUAAAUAUUUGUUUUUUAUAUAAAGGUACCUGUAAAUAUGAAGGAUAGAAAUCAUGUACAAUAACUCUUUCUGAACCACUUUUAAAAUUUCGUUCAAAUGAUGAAUUAAAAUCUACACUUCUCCAUGAAAUGAUUCAUGCUUACUUAUUUAUUACUAAGCCAUCUGAAGCAUUUAUAAAUGAAGGUCAUGGACCUGCAUUCUUGGAAAAAAUGAACUUUAUUAAUUAAGUUACUGGAUUAUAAUUAAGUGUCUAUCAUCAAUUUCAUGAUGAAGUUGACAGAUGUAGAAAUCAUAUAUGGAGAUGUAAUGGUAGUUGUUAAUAAAAACCUCCUUUUUUUGGUUAUGUUAAAAGAGCUAUUAAUAGACCACCUGGUAAAACUGAUUAUUGGUUUUAAAAGCAUUAAGAAGAAUGUGGAGGGAUUUUUGAAAAAAUAAGUUAACCAGAAAAAAAACAACCAUAAAAAAAAGUUUAGAAAAAGAAAAACUCUAAUAAUAUAAAACAAGAAAAAUUGAUCAAAUUAUCCAAUUUCUUUUAAAAUGAACAAAUUUAUGCAAAAUUUUAAAUUAAUUAAAAAGAAAUAGCUAUUGAAUUUCUUAUGGUUCUUAAUUCAUUAUUAAAUUUUGAACUUUUAAAUCAAAAAUUAGAAUCUAUUAUUUAAUGUUUAAAAGAGACAUAUUAAUAAAAUAUUGAAAACUUCAAUAUUAAAAAACUAAUUAAUAUCAAACAAAGUCUAGAAAAAUGUAAUAAUAUUACAAUUCUUAAAUGCUCUAAAGAAAUUGGAGAGUAAAUGAAAAUACUUUCUAUUACAGUUCGCAUAAAUGGAUGUUCUCCUUAGAUGAGUAUAUUAAUGUAAUUAAAUAAAUUAUUGAAAUGA